AUGUAUUCUCUUGAUAUUAGAGUAUAUACUAGUCUAUUAAUACAUUGCAUUGCUCAAGCAUCAAAUCAGGCAGGCAGAUUUUACAUUACAUUUGUGUAUGGAUUUAAUGAUGAGCUGAACAGGGAAAGGUUGUGGAAAGAUAUUAAGGGACUGGCCUCUCAUAUUGAUGAGGCCUGGAUGAUACUAGGAGACUUCAAUGAGAUACUCAAUCAGAAUGAAAGAAUAAGUAAAAAGGUCAACAAAAAACCUUCUCCAAGCUUUUGGGAUUGCAUGAUAUAUUGCCAAAUGGAAGACCUAAAAUUCUCAGGGUGUUUCUACAUUUGGAAUAACAAGCAACAGCCUGAUGAUCGAGUGUAUUCAAAGAUAGAUCGAGCUCUGUUGGAGGAGAAUUUGGGGAAGAAGCCUCUCAGAUAUUUUAGAAUGUGGAAGGAGGCUUCCACUUAUGUGGAAAAAGUUAAAACCAGUUGGACUGAACCAAUUAAAGUUACUGAGAUGUACAAGUUGGUUAAGAGAUUGAAACAGGUUUUCUUGGACAUCAAUCGAGAAGGUUUCAAUGACAUUCAAAAGGCAGAGUUUCAAGAAAAACAAAGUCUGAUGGAGAUUCAGGAAGACUUGCACAAAGAUCCUCUCAAUGUUACAUUUAUGGAGCAAGAGCAAUUGGUUAGGGAUAGGUAUACACGGUUGCAUAAAGCCUAUAUUUUGUUUUUAGCACAGAAAGCUAAAGCAAAUUGGAUUCUUAAUGGAGAUGAAAAUACUUCUAUAUUCCAUGCCUCCUUGAAAGCUAGAAGAACUCAUAAUAGAAUUCACUCAAUUAAGAAUGAGGAAGGCUUUUGGGUGGACACAGCAGAUGGGGUUAAAGCUGCAUUUCUGGGGUACUAUCAAAGACUAUUAGGGACAGCUAUAAAUAACAUAAUGAAAAUUUUCCAGUCAAUUGUGGAGUUAGGCCCUGUCAUUUCUGAUGCUCAUUCUCGGUUACUUCAAGCAGAAUUUACAACACAGGAAGUUAAAGAGGCAAUCUUCUCAAUCCCAGGGAUGAAGGCACCUGGCCCUGAUGGAUUUAGCAGCUUUUUCUAUCAAGAUUAUUGGGAUUUGGUUGGUUCUGAAGUAAGUUUUGUUGUUUUAUCAUUCUUAAACACUGGUCAGCUUCUGAAGAUAUUAAUGCAACGUCUAUCACUCUCAUUCCAAAGACAAAAUUUCAUGAUAAUGGGUCUAAAGCUUUUCUCAUCGACAUCUGGUUUGCUGCCAAAUGAGACCAAAUCCGCAGUAUACUGUAGUGGUAUGGUUGAUUCUGAGGUUCGCAGAGUGCUGGAGGUUUCAGAUUUCACUAGAAGUCAUCUACCUUUCAGGUCAGUGCUAUGA